AUUUUGCUUGGGCUAAGACAUGAAGGGCCAGCCGCUAACGAGGCUCCCUUCUCGCUGCGGGUCGCUCAGAGCGUAAUCUUUUAUAGACGAAGCUGCCCCGGUGGGAUAGGGAAAUUCCCGAGCAUUUCUUGGAGUUGUCUCGGUAAUUUCUCACUUUCUUGCUCCUUGAUUUGCCCGAGAACCCCUAGAUCUGUUGCUUCUUGUUGUCCCAGUUGGGGCGAUGCUGAAACGGAGCUGAGGUGAAGAAUUAAGAUCUGUGGCAAUUUAUAGUUGAAAUCGAGCUGCCAUGUAAAGCUCUUAGUGGAUUCAGUGUUGUUUGAGUUGUUGGCUGCUCUGAAACCAGUGCUGAUCAUGUGAACUGUGGGAAGAGUGAAGUGUUCUUUGUUUAUUGUUUUCAGAGUAGGGAUUUUUUGAGCACUGCUUCUUUGCCGUUUGAAAGCUAUAUAGAAUAGCAAUUGAUUUAUAGCGUUAGGUUGAGACAAUGAUUUUGGCGAAGCAAUCUCGUUGUGUACACUCAACAAGCUGUGCUUGCAUGAAAGGGCAUGUAAAUGAGGAUGCUAUCUUCCUAGUUUUUCAGCACUUGAAUUGGAAUCCUAAGUUGAUAGCCACCUUUUCUUGUGCAUGCAAAUGGUUUGAUGAUAUUGCUAAAAGAGUACUCUGGAAGGAGUUCUGUAAGGCAAGAGCUCCAAAGAUGAUGGUUGAUCUCCAGUCUGGUGGGAGUCACAAUGUUGAUGGGAACUGGAGUGCACUUGGGAAGCUUCUUAUCUACUGUUCUGGGUCUACCAAGGGUGGCUUGUUCAAUAAUAUACAUAUUCCCGGCCACUUUGUUUAUAGGACCCGAUUCUCUAGGACGUCAGGCAAGAGCUUUCUUUUGCCACAAUGCAGAACUGAUGUUCUAUAUGUGUCUGACCCUUGCGAACAUCUUGACCAAGGUGAAGAGGGAGACAUAGGAUUUUUUCGAGGAGUUUUCAAGUCAUUUGCAAUGUCAAAGGUUCGGAGGAUGCUAAUUGGGAGGGGGGCCCAGCUGCAUCCUACAGAGGUGUGUCCCUAUUGCAAGGCAAAACUGUGGAGCAUGCUGCAAGCUAGGAUGAUACCACAAAGUGCUAGCUGCAGGCUAGGUGCUUAUGAAGAUUGUGUUGAGUAUUAUGUGUGCCUCAAUGGGCACAUGCUAGGGAUCUGCACUCUCUUGCCUCUGUCUGAUUCAGAAGAGACGUCUGAUUGCGAGUGAUACUUGAAUGAAUCCUGGUUUUGGAGUUUUGUAAGCUGAUGAUGUGGAUGGAUGGGAUCUUCUUCUGAGGUUGCCAUACUGUAAACUGGAUGCAUAGCAAGGGAUUUAGAAACAUCCUUUCCUUAAGCUUAAAGCAUCAAAGACUUGAACGAGCGAUGCUGUUUGGGAACAUGGUGGAGCUAUGGAUGACCAUUUUGUUACGUGUAAUUGUAUGUGUAAUAUAUCUCAUCGAAACAUGUAUAUUUGGUCUUGGAUGUUGAUUAGGUUCUGAAACAAUUUAUGUGUAGUUCCUUGUUUAAGACAAAUAAAUUCGUUCACCUCUUGGGAAUUGGGCUGGGCCUCUCUGCUCUUGCUCUUGCUCU